UCUGGCCUGCAACACGUCUCCUACAGAGGAGCAGGAAAGAAACCCUGCAGCAGCGAACAGACGCUUCUCCACCUCUUCUCUCAGUCUUCUGCAGACUCUUGUGAACAUGGCUGCUGAGAUGCCGCGGUGGGAGAGAAAACUGCGCGUUUUCUUGUGCGUCUUUGGUUUGGUUCUGUCAGUUUACGCGCUCCACGUCGAGCUGUCCAAAGAGUCAAACCCCGACUACAGAGCGAUGUGUGACCUGGGGGAGUCAGUGAGCUGCUCCAAAGUCUUUACCUCCAGAUGGGGACGUGGUUUUGGUUUGGUCCAGUUCUUUGUGGCCCAGGAUAGUCCUCUGAACCAGCCCAACAGUGUGCUCGGCAUCAUAUUUUACACUCUGCAGAUGGGCCUUGGUCUGUCGCUGUCCAGGAAAGCUGCAGUGUUUCUGGUCUUCUCCUCCUGGGUGUCGGUGGCCGGCUCUCUUUAUCUGGCGUCCAUUCUCGCCUUCGUUCUGGGGGACUUCUGCAUGGUCUGCGUGUCGACAUACAUCGUCAACUUCGCACUGCUCUUCACCAACGUCAAACGAAGGAGAGCGAUCGGGGGAAUGAAGGAAAAGGCCGGAUAGAGCGCGUUACCCCUGAAAUUCAACGCCUCUGCUUUUCUGCUGAGGUGAAGCCACACUGGAACUGAAAUUCUUAUCCACCCCCACAGUAUUUUUAUUUCUUAAAGAAACAGGACUGGAUGUGUGUCUCAGCCCAGCUUGAUACUGGAUAAAGCAGAAGUCACUUUUGUGAAUUUGAAUAAUGCUUUUUGUCUCAUGUGAUUUUAGUCCACAUAAGCUCUACAAAAUUAAAAUACAUUGAUGUACAGUAAAUAACCUUUUGGUGAAGCAAUACAGAGUCCUACCAGUAGAUGGUGCAAAAUGUCAAAUAUAAUUUCUGUUCUCUUCAAAUAACUAA